AUGAAGUUCCUUCUAGAGUGGGGGGCAACACCAGCAACGGAUCCGCGAGAUGACGGUAUCCCUGAUAUCACAUAUAUUGGGCCAGCACUACAUGUUGCAGUCCACGAAGGUCACUUGGAGAUAGUUGGUUUGCUGCUGCUCCAGCACGGGGCAGACAAGAAUCAGAAGAACCAGGAGGGAAACACGGCGCUUGGAGUUGCUGAGACUAAAGGUCAUAUACACAAAUAUUGGGGUUGUUGA